AUUCAUACUUACAAGGCCGCUUGUCUGUAUACCGUCUUUAGGCGGCUACUCAAACAUUGUCAUUGAGGUGUAUUUUUAGUUAUGAAUUCAUAUAGUCACUUGAUGGAUUUAACAUGUCUGUACUAAGCGACACGUUGCACACUACAAACGGAAGUGAAGAAGCCAUGGCUGAAGAUGUGUGUCCCCGAAGGCUAUCAAGGGUGUCACGUCUAAGGGAUAUGUUUCAGAAUGGGAUUGUGAGACCCAUUGAUGAUCCAGAAGAUGGAUAUGGAGUAGAGAGUUCUGCUUUUCCAUCUUAUGCACGUUCUGAGCCAGAGAGGUUCUCCAGGGCAUUCCCAGGAUCUCCACCCAUGAGAACUCUGCGCCAUCAUCGAUCAAGUUUGACUAAGGAUGAAUCUACACAACAAAGCAUUUCUUCAUCCAGAUCACUUGAUACAGCACUCUCUUCAUCUGAGCCUCACUCUCUUCUCCAGUCACCGCCUAAAAGACCUCCCAAGCCUCGCCAUUUGUCGUUGACCAAGCCUUCAACUCCUGAAGCAGUUAAGCUAAGACCAGUUGCCUCAAAAAUGUCCAGUGCAAAUAAUUCCCAUAUUGAAACUUCAGAACUGGUAAAAAAUCACAACUAUUCCAUCACUUUCACCAGUCAUAACACUGACAAUCAGUCGUCAACAGUGAAGGCGAACGGCGAUAUACCGCACUUACAUACUGCUCAAAACCCAACAGUGACUAUAUCCCAUAUAACUUCUAUGAAAGUAAAACCCCAUCCAGUUUCCAAAGAUCCUGUUGAACAUUUAUCCCAUGCAUCUAUAACUCCAUUAUACUUGUGUAACAAGAUAGAGAAAUCGGCUGAAAAUUGCUUAAACACUAAAGAUGGUAACUGUCAGUCAGCUGAAACCAAUGAAUCACCGAAAGAUUCUUAUCCACAGUCAACACAACCGACCUGUUUUAGUUUACCCGAUUCAUCCACUGAUCAUCAUCUUGGAAAUUCCUCGGAAAUCCAGGAUUUCGUUCUUCCACUUGAUGCAUUUCACAUGUCUCCACUGCGUGAAACUGAAUGUAAGGAUAGUUCAGACAAUCUUCCAGUACUACAGCAUGCUGAAUCUGUUGCAGUAGGUACUCCAGAUGAUGAGGAUGGUGUAGAUGACAAGAGUGAUAAUUAUGCUGAACACUGUAAUACUGCAAAUUCACCAGUAAUGAUAAUCAAUGGGUCUCAGUGUACUUCACCUUUUAGUUCAGUGGCUACCCUGCCUAUCCCUAAAGGAUUGAAUGUUGUAGCAGUUGAUGCCGAUGGAGUGCACAUUUUCGAAGAUGGAAAUUUCUUAUAUGCUCUACCUGGUCUAGCAGAGAAGUAUUCAGAUGAUUCCGAUUUUUACGAUUCCCGUGAAGAUGUUGGUAAUGUGACUGAUCUUAAUCCAGCAUACUCUGCUAAUGAUCAAGAUAAGGAAGAACAACGUAAAAAUGCAAACUUUGAAAAACUUGUUUCAACUCCUUUGUCUUCCACUUCGUCAAAAGUACAGGCAACAGACAAAUUAGUCAGUAAGCGUUCUGGUAGUAGUGACAGCUUAGUUAAACAGCCUAGAGUUCGAUUCAGCUCGGAACCUAUUUUAGUGUUCAGCACUCAUUCAACUACAGAUUACAAUCGUCGAAAUGAAGAAAUCGAUCCAUUAUCUGCUUCAGCAGAAUAUGAAUUAGAAAAGCAUCUUGAAGAUAUGGAAAUGUUUGAAAUUGAUUUUCACAAAGGUGCAAAUGGUCUUGGUAUUAGCAUAGUUGGUUCAGGAGUUGACACAUCAUCAGGUGAACAAAAGUUGAGUAUAUUUAUUAAAUCACUUACUACAGGAGGAGCUGCAGAGGCUGAUGGACGCAUACAAGUUUACGAUCAAAUUGUUCAAGUAGAUGGUCAUAGUCUGGUUGGUGUUUCACAGCAGUUCGCCGCUCAGGUGCUUCAAAGUACUGGAGAUAUUAUUCAUUUUGUUUUAGCUAGAGAAAAAGAUCCGCCUAAUUCGCGUAUUGCAAAAAUUUUAACAGAGAAACACGAGGAGGAAGAAGAAUCAAGGUUGAAUAAAUCACCAGACAAAAGCCAAGAAGUGGUAUCAACGCAAACAGAUGAUGUCACCAAAUUGUCUGGUGGUGAUUCUACUGAAGCUUUGCAUAACUUAAUUGCGGUGGCUACACGAACAUUAAAGCAAGCCAAUGUAUGGGAUGAUGAUGAUGAUGAUAACGACGACGACGAGGACGAUGAUGUAAUAGCAGCAACAGGGGAGAAUGGUGAUGAUUUUGAUUUAGAAUCUCCUUGUAUUGGUAAAUAUAUGCUUUCUAAUGAUAUGAAUGAAGUUUCUCCUGCGAAUAGUAUUUUUGAACAGUACAGAAAGUCUAAUAACAGUGAUAGUAGUUUUAAAAUUUUAAAUGGUAGUCCAGCUGUCUCAGAUCAUCAUCAUUCUAGUCCUCGUUCAGCUCUAAAGGGAACGGCAACUGCAGCAUCAACCCGUCGACGUAAUGAAGCUAUUAUGGAUUAUAUUCGUCAAGCAGUGGAGGUACGAGAUAACGUGUGUUUACCACCUGAAUUGCUUGAUUGUUAUCCUACUGAUGCGAAUAAACAUUCGCCAGGGACCACAAAUUAUGUUAAUAGUGUAUCUUGGGUGCUAGCUAGUGAAUUGCAUGACUCUACUACUCAAUUGCGAAAGCUUCAAUCUCGUGUUCGGAAUCUUGAGCAACGUCUUACAGCUCAAGAGGCGGCAGCGGAUGAAGCAAUAGAAAGACUUUGUCUACGUUGUCGUCAUUUGGAAUUGGAACUGAAAGAAUCUCAUCAAAAAAGUACUCAAACAUUAGUAUCUCAACAAAAUUUGACCAAUUAUCAAUUUGAUGUCAAUUCAGACAACUACUCUCUGGGGGAUAGCGAUAUUGGUAAUCCUAGAUAUCAAGCUUCAUCGUUGAAUGCGUCAUCGUAUAAAGAAGAUAACGGAGAAGAAUUAUGCGAAAAUAUUGAUGCUGACUUGUCCAAGAGUGAUCGAUUAGAAGAUCUAACUGAUACAACUCAUUUAAAUGAUACUAUACCACCUUAUAGGUGUUUCUCUUAUCAUCAGAAUAAAAUGGAAGAUAGGAAUGAUUGUCACAGUACUGUACAUGAUGUACAGAAUCAUUAUUCAACUACUGUAGAAUUACCAUUUUUUGUGAAACAAGCUCAAGAUCGAACUAGACUUGUGAAUUCUGGUGGUUUAGCUGGUCGACGUCCUCCUACAAGAAUUGUUACUUCUGUAUUUUUACGCGUAAAUUCACCACUGGCUUCAUUAACUGAUGCCUCUACAACCUCAUCAUCACAAUCCCAAGUUUUAUCAGUCUUUAAUCCUUUCAAUUCAAAUAACAAUAACUUUUUUGAGGCUAGGUCUUCAAAUUUUACUUCCAAUUCUCCUCGACCUCUACCACUCAAUUCAUUUAUGUUUCACUGUUCUCUGAACAAAAAUCAGUCUACUCUACAUCAUUCAAAAUUGCAGAUUGAAAGUUUUACUGAUUCACAAUUACUUCCAACUCAAACUCCAUCUUCACGUAAGCCAAUCGGCUAUCAGUUGCCAGGACUAACAGAUAAUUCAUUUGUUACUCCUGUUCUCCGACGUUCUAAUAUUUGUACAGACCUGUCAAAAUCUUCAAAUUCAGGGGAUCCCGAUUCAUGAAUUUUUAAAUAUUAUUGAAUGGUGUAUUUCUGAGUAAAAGUCAUACCCUCGCGUUGGGGUAACUUUCCCACUGACUUCAUGGAAUUUGACAGUAAAAUGGCAGCAAUGUCUAACACUUAUUGUGACCAACUGAAAAUCACUACAUUUUUGUAAGUGUAAGAACAAUUUAACAGGUUUGUGGGUAGCGUAAGUUAAUGAUUGUUAUUGAAGGUCACAAAUUAAUACAAUCUUUUAGGUACUUGAAGUUAUAGGCAUGUUAAGCAACCUUACUGAUCAUAGUUACACUACAAAUAAAUAUAAGUUUAACCAUUGAUUGAUGUUAGUUAGGGAACCAUUGGAAAGCAUGGAGUACUGGGUAGUUGUUUCGUCCUAGUUUAGAACUCCCCAUUAGUAUGCACCCACCGGAGUUCUAACCCAUGACUUUUCGGUUACAAGGCAAGUUUAUGGGCCUUUUAAUUGGGUCACAGUGGCUUGAAUUAAAUCUAUUGAAAGUAAACGCAAAUUGAUCAUAAAGCAAGCAUCUGCAUUUAAGCAUGUUAAAGGUCCCUUUACCUUCCUGUCUGCAGAGUUUAAGUCGUUAUCGAUUGCAUUUACUUGUUAACUACAAGUAAAUAUGAAAGUUCUUUGCUCAAAAAUAGGGGAGCAGUUUUUUUGAUCCAAGCGGUCUAGUGGAUAACCCCUAGAGCGUCGGUGGCGGCGGUAGAAUGCUCGCCAACCACGGAUAUGGUUCAGGGUUCGAUUCCCAGUCGAAGCACUCAUUUACCUCGUUAAGCCAGUAAUAAGACUGGUAAAGAGGGAAAUUUGGGCAUUAGGUUAGCAACCCCACCCCGUAAAAAUAAACACCAUAGCUACCGAAACUGCAAAGCUCUAGCUUGAAACCCUAUGUUCCACUGAGAACGUAAAGAAGUAAAAUAUGUAGUGUGUCUGUUGACAGUGGCUAAUAUCUUUCUCAAAUCGAUAAAGGUAAAUAUCGUAGUGUCGAGUACAUGCACUUAUGCAAUAGUGUCUGUAAGAAUGAGAAGCUAAUGCAUGCAUUUUCCCAUUAGACUUGAAGUCUAUUUUGGCAAUAAGCAAACAACUGUAGAUGUACUUAUUGUAGCUUAUUUAUGAGACCUUGCCACCUCAAAAUAUGCAUCUGCUUUUAUAUUUUUUUUUAAUAACCUACAUCACUCUUAAUUGCCAUUGUUUCUACUAUCAGUAAGUUUUAUGGAUUGUCAUUACUAAUAAAACUUAUUUACACACAUCGUUCUACCUCUCAGUGCUAACCUGUAUCAUGUUAUGUGAUUAGUAAGUGCUGAGUGAACUCUGUGUGUUAAUAAGCUUCAUGAUUUCAAAUCUAGUCUAUUAAUGCUUUGCCUUGUUCCUUCCUCCAGUAGUACUUGGAUGGGCAGUCAUUUCAAAUUUUUUUUGGUUGCGCAUUUUUUUAAAAGUGGUCAGUAUAGAAAAAUGAAAUUAUUUUGCUUUCAUUGCCUAUUUCUAUCUACAUUUUUUGUAGGAAAGUACAUCUAUCCACUCAGAGAAGUGAAGUGCACUUAUAUAAUGAGUAUGAUAUACAUGUAUGCUAAAAAGUGAAGACAAAUAGUUUUUUUGUUUGUUUUUUGUUGUCUUUUUUUAUAAGGCUUCCUUAUUUGUGUAUAAAAAUAAUCUUACCAGUUGGGUGUUUUUUCUCUGUCGAAGUAUAUUUCUGUCUUGCUAGCCUUUAUUUCUAUUGUAAUAAUGUAGACCGAGUAUUUAUGUAUUCAUGGUGGAAUGUAUAAAUGGCUUCAAACUCAAAUAGAAUUUUUAUAUCAGUAUAUUUUUUUCGGUUUUUUUUCUAUAAUAAUCUAUAAUUUAUUCUUUUAUUACUAUUAUUAAAGUCUUCAAGUUGAAGAACAUAUAUAUAUAUAUAUAUAAAUUAGUUUUACUGUCUUCAUAAAUCAAAUACAACGACGGAUCAGUUUCCUUAUUUAGCACUGUUACCUUUUCGUCCUUUUCUCUCUGUUUUCAUAUCAGCUUACCUUGAUGUACACCUUAACGUAUUUGACGAAACUCUUCAAAGGAUAAAUGCACUUGUAUAUACUUAAAAGUAAUUUUGUCUAGGUCUAUAUGGCCAUCAAUAAAAAAUAAGUAAUCAAUAGUGGUAUAUACUAUAUUCUAUUUAGUGUCUCCCUCUUUCUUUUUUUGCUAAUAGUUCAAUGUAUUGUUUUGUUUCAGUUAAAAGUAGUAGUAUUUGUUUGUUUUGGAAAUAAUUUUUUCUUUUUCUUUAUAUAGCGUCAACUUUAUUUUCCUGGAGCUUUAAACUUAUCCAUUAACGCGUCUUAUAUAUUAUUUUCUGUUCAAAUUUCAGCAUUGGAUUUCUGCUAAAGAAUCUGCUUUUUUUCUUUUUACGGAAUAUAAGACAAAAAUCUAUUCUCA